UUGGAUACAAUGGAUGGUUAUAGAACCCUCCUUAUCCUGUUGACUUUUCACUUUUUCCAGGCUUCACAGGCAAAGUUCGUUUGGAGUACGGGAGGAGCAUCUUCACUUUUUGUGGCCCUUGCCUUGCCCUUGGAUUUACAGAGAGAAAAAACGUUUUUGUCCUACAAUUUUGAAGUGUCUUAUGACUUGCCCAGAACUUGGAAAAAGAAGCCGCCAUUUUUGCGACAUGGGAAUGGCACAGAUAAUGAUAGCAUUAUGAGCCAUCACCAUGGACACCAACAGUUUCAUGAUUUUAUGUACGAGGACUACUAUGAUGAUGACCAACAUUCUGGGCACAAGCACAAACAUCAUCAUAAUAAGAAGAAAAAGAAGACUAAACCCAAACCUGGAGCUGGCAAUAAGCCAACAAAAAACAAGCCCAAACAUAAGCACAAAAAAAAACAUAAGCCAAAGCCAAAGCCACCACCAGAAGAGGAGGACAAUGACUACAAGGAUUUCUUUCAGGGAUUUCCCCUAGAUGGCAUGGGUGAGCCUGUGCCCAGAGGUCGUGCAAGAAGAUCGCUACUCUCACGUUCCAAAUUCUAUGAUAUAAUCAAUCAUCGCUUUGAAUUGCAUGGGUUAGGCUCAGGUGAUAGCUGCUUAUUAAGACUGAUUUGUGAAGCAAAUGACUACCAAUUGGGAGAUCUUAAUGGAGUUCUUGGCAGUUUAGUUCAUAUAAUGUUCAGUCCAAGUACCUCACGAUAUGAGGCUCUGCCAAAGCGUUACUACAUCGCCGAAUUGGAUGGGCGGAAUGGGAAGUGCGGGGGCUAUCACUUGCAAUGUCAUCACAGUGUUCUCGACAUGAUCACGCAACCUCAUUAAAAAUAAAACCAAAACCCACUA